AUGUCUUGUAAUCGGAAGAUCGCUCUCAGUUUGCUUUUCUCCGUCGGACUGGCGCUAGUACUCCCCCCUUCGCGUGUGCGAGUGCGGGCUCACUCCUUUGUUCUGGCAGGACGUGUAGCACUAGUGCUGGUCGACUUUCCGUCGUGGAUCGCAGGUCGUCCGUCUAACGAUGCAGGGGCUGGCGUGCCCUUGGGGAUCCUCUCCGCCUGGGAGCCACUGGGCGGAAUCUUCUGCGCCAAUCUCCCCAUCAUCUAUCGGCCAGUAGUUACCAUGUCUCGGAACCUCAAGGGCUAUGCUUCUGGAGAGCCGUCUCGCACACACAGCCCAGAUUUGCAGGAGCAAUGCCAAUGA